GUGAAAGAAAAAACCUGUUUGUGGUGUAAAGGCUGAUCGACACAAACAUCCAUUUCCUUUAUUGUUACCUAGCUAAAUAUUAAAAGCUGUAAAGCUCAGUCAGCACUCAUUAAAUACACCCAAGGGAGGAACAUGUUUAUUUCAAAGUUGAUCAUUUUCAAGCGAGUGCUGACUGAAAGCAAACACGAGCCUACGUUUUUAAUAUGGACAAUAUAUUUUUGUUAUUUCUACUUUUGCUUCCACUAGCUGCACCAAAAGGCUCUCAUUCUUUGUGGGUGCUUGCAACGUACAUUAAAGGACAAACGCCAUUUCCUGAAUUUAGCUAUGUAGCGAUGCUGGAUGAUGUCAGAAUUAUGUAUUAUAAUGGUGAGACGAAAACACUCCAUCCAAGAGGAAAUACAACAGCUGAAGACGAUGUGUUUGAUUCAAAUGUUCUUCUCAAAAUAAGUGACUACAUGCAGACAUCUUUUAUUAACAAAUGGGUAAUCGCAACAACAAAUGUAAACAAAACUGAAGGUGCUAUUGCCCUUCAGAGACUAGUCUUGUGUGAGCUGAGAGACAAUGGUGACCCGGGACAAAUGAUCACACGGGAUGCUGUCAGAGGAUCCACCACUGAUGAGCUGCUAUAUGUUGAGAAGAAUUUUACAUAUCAGGGUACUUUAAAUGUCUCGGCUCCAGUGCUGAAUAUGCAUCUUGAAUUCAGCAUGAGACGUCAUGAAGUUUUAUACCAACCAUUCUGCAUCAAAACACUCAAGGGUUACCUUAAAAAAAGGAGGACUCAAAUCAAUAGAAAAGUGAAACCCAAGGUCAGGCUCCUCCAGAGAGAACUGUCUUCUGGGUUUCGUGUGAGUUGUUUGGCAUCAGGAUUUUACCCUCGUCACAUCAACCUGACCCUGUUCAGAGAUGGGCAGCCUGUAUCUGAUCAUGAGAUCACUGGAGGAGAUCUGCUGCCCAAUGCUGACGGGACGUACCAGAUGAGGAAGAGUCUGGAGAUCAGUGCUGCAGACAAACACAAAUACACUUGCUCUGUCACACACCUCAGUCUGGACAACAAACUGGACGUCACUUUGGAGUUUGAUCACGGGGAACCAUUUAAAUCAGUGAUUGCUUCAGUUCUGACAGUUUUGGCUCUGAUGUUGGUAAUUGGAGCUGCAGUUGCUAUAUAUGCAUUGAAAAGACAACACGCAGAUUCAGUUAAAACUGGGUAUUCUACUGCUUCUACAUCUGAAGAAAGCAUGGCCACAUUCAGAACUGAUGUGAAUCCCAGGACACAAAGUGUCAAUCUGUAAAUUUAUUUGACCUAUACACAAUUUCCACUAUGUGGGCAGCUGUGACCUAAUGGAUUAUUGUAAUUUAAAAUGUAAAUUUUCUUUAGAAAGUUUAUGCUUACAUUGUUUGUAGUAAGUUUAUUUUUUGGUUGUUUAGGUACACUGGACUAAAGCUAUGUAAUCUGUCUGAACAAUGUAUGUAGUGGCAUCUGGUGGAAUGAGCAUUUGCAUUACCCAGUUUGGAUAAAACCUUUGAAAAAUUUGGAAAAAUUACCUCAGAAAAAGAGAAUAUCAAGUUAACACGUAUUCCAAUCUUGCAGAGUGAGCUUAUUAAAUAAAUUCAUUUAAAAAAACGUGAAAUACGUGAAAUUUGAAAUUUAUAGUCCUAAUAUUUGUUCUGGACUGUCAGCUUUGA